GAUUGAUAAACAAAGCCCGAUUUUUUCCCCCUGCCAUAUGGAGACAGAAAAUUUGAUCAAAUGGUCAUCGGCAAAUUUGGCCGCUUUCUUCUCCAUUUGUUGAUCUUCAUUAAAAUCAGUUGAAGCUGAAGAACAGCGGUAAGGUAAAACCUUGGAAGCAGUGGCAGCAAUGGAACCGCAAUGCCCUAACAACGGGAAUCCACGCUCGUUCGGGCACCACCACCAAGUGAAAGUGACGCUUCAGCCAUCGCCGGCGGCGGCGCAGCAUUCCGACGAUGGCCGGACGAGCGGGGAACUCCGGGCGCUGGAUUGUAACCUCAAUUCCCUCUGUGAUCACAUUCAGAUGGAGGGUUUCAAUUCCGGCGCCUUCUCCGAUGUCGUCGUUCAUGCUAUGGGCUCCACAUAUCACCUCCACCGGCUUAUCCUCUCUCGAAGCUCCUACUUCAGGAACAUGCUACAUGGUCCUUGGAAAGAAGCGAGUUCUCCUGUUGUGAACUUGAAUGUAGAUGAUAAGAAUGUAAAUGCUGAUGCAAUUGCCGCUGCCUUGGCUUAUUUGUACGGGCAUCAUCCAAAGCUUAACGACAGCAAUGCGUUUCGUGUCCUGGCAGCUGCUUCAUUUCUUGACCUCCAGGAUUUGUGUGCAAUAUGUACAGACUUCAUUAUCUCUGAACUUUGGAGUUCAAACUUCUUGGCGUAUCAGGUAUUUGCUGAGAGCCAAGAUUAUGGAUCAUAUGGAGAAAAAGUAAGGAAUGCUUGCUGGGGAUAUCUUUGUCAAAGUGGAGCCGUGGAACUGAAAGAGGUGCUUCCAAAACUUUCCCCUCAAACUCUGCAUGCCUUGUUGACAUCUGAUGAACUGUGGGUAGUCAGUGAAGAGAAACGGUAUGAACUAGCACUGUGCACACUUCUGGCAAAAGGUACUUUUAUUCAGACGGAAAGUUCAGACCAAGGCAGAUCAAGUACCGAAAUGCGUAUGGGUAUGCACACUGAUUCAUCCAAAUUGAAGGGCAAAGAAUCGAUUGAUAGCAGCACUAAGAGUUUGGAACCAGGACUUGGACGCUUGAGUUUGAAAGAUGACCUACAAGUUCAAAAUAUGGCACACAAUCUUCUGGUAGAUCUUGUUGAGUGUGAGGUCGACUUUCAGGCAAGGCUUGCUGAAUCCAAACUAGGGCCACGGGUUUCAUUUUCACAAGCUAACAUGGGAAUGGGAUCUAUACCGUCUUGCAGCAUCUCACAAUCAUCUCCCGUGGGCAACUCCUUUUCAGAAAUAAAUGGAAAUACAACCUCAUGCUCUUUCCUUGAUAUGCCCAUGGGUGUUGGGGCAAGUGAAUUUUCUACGGAGGGUCCUUCUGGGGACGGGUCGUACCAGUUGAAUAACAACAAUUGGCUUGGAAGUGACCAAUCUGGGAAUAUCCCUUCAGUGGAUCCUUCUUGUAGCGGGCUUAUGGUUAACGAUUGGGGACGGUGUGGCAUGACUUCCCUUUCAUGGGGUGGAAGAGUUGUGGGUAAAAGGCCAGUCAAGAGUUAUGCUAAAGGGAAUUGUGGUGUUCAUGGGGAGGACUAUGAUACAUUUGUUAACAUAUUUGAAGGUGGCUCUCUUCUGUAUUGCAAUAUGUCGUUUGAGGCACUUUUGAGCGUAAGAAAGCAGCUUGAGGAGUUAGGCUUUCCAUGCAAAGCAGUCAACGAUGCCCUUUGGCUGCAGAUGCUUUUAAGCCAGAGAGUGCAGGAAAUUGGUGCUGAUACAUGUAAAAUGUGCUGCUUUACCAGCAUGUCAUGCACUUGCAGACAGCAAUAUGGCUUUUCACGUGGUGUAACUACCACAGGUUACUACAUGCAAGAGCAUGAACACAACAAUUCUCCUGUCAAUAUGGGGAAUGUGUAUGUCACUGAUUCUUCUCAGGUUGGGGGCAGCAGUGUCUUUAGACCGGUUCGUGUUCAUGUUCGGGGACCUAAUGAUGGACUUGCGGGCAUUGGGCGUGGAACUACAGUUGUGCCGGCAACCGCAUGGCCUCCUACCCGUUUCGUCUUUUCUCGUGUGCCCUUCGGUGUCGGCAAUAGAAAUUGCCAGCAGUCUCUUCCAAAUGUCGAUUCGGAGAGUAGAACCAACCACAAUGGGGACCUCUCUGGUGAUGGGUUGACCGCUCUGGUUGGGUUGACCCAGGGAGGGAGCAGCAGUUCUAACAUUCACAGUCAACAGACUGAGAGAGUAUAUGAGACAGAUAUGGAAGACAGGAUAUCUACUUCUGCACCAGGUGGCAGUGGUAUAGCUUUUCAGGUGCUAGAUUCACCUGAACAUGCCAUUGGAAUUGAAUGGGCGAAUGCUAAUGAUUCCUCCAUAUCGUUGGAUAUGAACACACCUUUGAGUCAUUUCCCUCCAUUCCGGUUCGGGGUUGAGUUUCCAGAUGUGCUUCGUCUAACUGACGGUCAAGUGAAGCACUCUCCUGAAUUCUUUUAUGCAGGUUCUCUGUGGAAGAUUAGUGUUCAAGCUUUCAAUGAUGAAGAUCCUCAAGGGCGCCGAACUCUUGGAUUAUUUCUUCAUCGGCGAAAGGCAGAGAUCUCUGAUUCACUUAGGAAGGUUCAUAUGUAUGUUGACACACGCGAAAAAGUUACUGCCCGUUAUCAGUUGAUCUGUCCAUCAAAGAGAGAAAUCAUGUUGUUUGGAAGCUUCAAACAAAGAGGCACCCUCCUCCCGAAGGCUCCCAAGGGAUGGGGUUGGAGGACAGCUUUGUUCUUCGAUGAACUCGCUGAGCUUCUGCAAAAUGGGGCCUUAAGAAUAGGUGCCGUAGUCCAGCUUGUAUGAAACAAUAAAGCUGUUGCAGAUGUGAAGAAGUGCACAGCCGACUAAACUCUCUCUUGUCUCGCCUUCAAGUUCAUCGAAAUGGAUUCUCACUAGCUGAAUCAAAGGAAUUCGUGUCGCCUAUUGUGAAUGUAUGUUUUAGCAGAACUUUCCCCAAAUGAAUAAGACUAUGAAAAAAUAUUACUGGAAGAAUACACAUUACAUGUAGAGAGGGUUCGUUCUGUAAGAUACAUUGAUAUAAAAGAGGGUUAGAACUUAGAAGGAAGGAGUAAGAGCUCGGAUUCACUGUCUGACCUCUGCAUUGCUUCACAGUAUAUAUGAAUGAACGUUGGACUAUGCAAUUAGCAUUAGAUGGCUCUUGGAAUAUAAAUUAUCUCUACUUUCCCUGCAAUUCUCCAUCCAAUCUUCAUAAAUUUUUGAAUAUUAUAAUCCAUAAGGCAGCAUCCUUAGUUCCAACUCAGACCCAUGACUACUACUAAUACUGUUGGUAUUAGCAGAAACAAGAGUGUUUCUGCUAGAAUAGCCACUAAUGCCGCCACCACCAUCAUUGGCAUUCAAGUCGAAAUGCACUCCGCCGACUCCAUCUUCCAUAUCCAACUUGAGAUCAUUCUCCUCAUCUUCAAGUGCCCCAGAUGAUCUGUCCACGUGGAAGCUACUUUCCAAACUCAUGUGAUGAUGAUGCGGCUUCGUGUUAAUGUACAGAUGUUUCAUACCAUCAACUUCCUCUUCUUGCUGCUGCUGUAAGUCGCGGAGUUUCCUUUCCACUUCUGAUGAUGGCGAGUUCAAGUUGUGAAUCAAGGUGGAUAGGGCCAGAUUGAAGUCGGUUAAUUGGGCCCUCGCCACGUCCACAUUGCCGCCACUGCCCGUUGUCAUCGCCAUGGUUAAGCUUUUCUGUGCUUUCUCCAGUAUCCCUUGCAAGUACUUCCCUUGUGCCUCUAUUCUCACCUGCAGCUUCUGUUGCACCUCAAGCUGUUCUUGUAGUCUUUUCUGGACCUCUAUCUGGGAUUUCAAUGCAUCCGUGAUCUGGAGCUCUCUGCUCCCAAAAACAUUGAAAAACAUUCAAUCAUCAGUUGCCCCUGGUAGAAGGGAAAUGAGAACAUGGGCUGGAUCUGGACAAAGUCAACACAUGUUUCUGUACAUUAAGUGCAUCUAGACUAAGCUAAAGUUCCUUCCUUCCACCAACCAUUGCCAAUAUUCAUAGAUCUAAAGGGAAUCUAUUUCCUUAAUUCAGCAACCCCACAUCUUUCCUUCUCUCUCAAUUUCUACAAUUGCUUCGGGGUAUUUCUUGCCGUGUGCAACUAGAUUUUGUAGACUACUAC